AUGAGCAGGAUCAAUUUACCGUCCUUCCUCGACAGCGCCCCAUCCACGGAAGAGGUGGACGUGAAGAUACAAUCCGUACUGGAUCAAAUAGCCCGCUUACACGACGAUGUUCGCUCUCUGCAGCGAUACAAAAACGCGCAGCUAUCCGCUAUCUCUAAACUUCCCAUCGAGGUCUUGUCUAUCAUAUUCGGACUCCUCGCGAUGCCGGAACCUCCUCCCCCUUCAGAAAUCUACACGAAACCCUACGCCAAUCUUCUCUCCAUUACGCAUGUUUGUCUUCUAUGGCGCCAGGUUGCGCUCAAUUCCCCUCGAUUAUGGAGCUGUAUAUACCCCUCAGCACCACGGCACCUCGUCAAGAUGUGUUUGCGACGUGCUGGGUCCUGCCCACUCUACCUGUAUAUCGACCGCCUAGGGGGAGAUCGUGUAUUUUCCACGCUCAAGUAUUCCGACCGUCUGAAGGAGAUCUAUAUAUUUCGUUGCACGCCCGAGUGGCUGAAGCAGAUUGCCUCCACAGGCGCUCCCAACCUCGAAGUGCUUUCUUUGAGAGAUGUCUCACACUUUCGUGAAACCACAUUUCAGUUCGCCGCGAACCCAUUUCCGGCGUUGAAGCACCUGGAAUUGCCCCAAUGCAUCCCCAAGCUCAACAUGGCGUCUCUCGCAUCCCUCCGCUCCAUCAACAUAGGCUCCAUCAACCGGCUCAUAUCUUCAGCGCGUGCCCUACGACCUGAUAUCGCUGAAUUUUUCGCCGCAUUAGAUAACCUACCCUUCCUAUCAUCUCUCGUCCUAUUUCACACCUUUUUACCUCCCAGGUCGACGCAUCCGGUACUAUCCAUAACCCUCCCCAGCUUAGAGUGUCUGUGCAUCACGCACAAAGACAGGCGCGUAGUUGCUGUGGUGCCAUGUAUCACGAUGCCCCGCAUCAAAACCAUCAAGCUCACUAUCGAGAGCGCCACAUACGGGUUUGAUACCUCGCUGCUUAGUACGAUCUACGCGAAGCUUCCCAUUCUCGCCGACUCCCACUCUAAGUUCCACCUAAUUACCGACCGUAAAACGGCGAAGUCGAAGGUACAGCUUUGGAGGGAUUGCCCUGGCGAAGAGCUCGAUCAAGUGGAACCAUUUUUCGAGCUGAGCGCUCCUGGUAUGGAAAUUCUGACAAUUGUUCCGCCGACUACCUUGCCCCCCAUCCUUUCAUAUGCCUCCGAAGUCAAGGUACUCAGCAACGACCGCCUUGCCGUUUACCGUCAAAGUCUCCUCUGCAGUCUCGCAGAUGUAACCGAGCUUCACGCCGACCGUCUUAUGGACCUGGUCAUCAUUUUAUGCGACAAUCACGCCGGUUUGAUAUGUCUGCCGUCCUUAAAGAAGAUGGUCCUUACCGCUGUGACGCCGAUAAAGUAUAGGCAUAGCGUGAUAGAUAGGUUGAAGAAGGAGUUGGAAGCGAGGAGGGCGAUAAGUGCCCCUAUUGAGACUUUCCGUUUUCCUGCUGAUGUAUUUUCAUUUGAUGAGAUAGACUCGUUUAGGCGUCUCGUUGAUUCCGUAGGAGUUACUGUCUGA